AUGGGAUGCGCCGUAUACGCUGGCGACGGCGCUACGCAAUGGAAUGAGCGAUAUCCGGGCGAUGGGCACUCGCGCAAGCGGGGGUUUGCGAGUGACAACAGCGGAAGUGCAAACUUAACGCAGAGGGAAAUGAAACUUUUCGAAAUCAUUUGCGAUAAUGUUGACAGCGAUGAUAGUGCUACUGAGGACGAUGACGUUGACGAUGGCUGUGAAGAUGAAGAUGAUAUUGAGCGUGAUAAUGGCAGUGAUGACAGAGAGAGCUGA